GAGGGGCCAGGCCGCUGUGGGAGCCUCCGGGAAGAAGAUGCUCGGGCCAGCAGCCACCGCCAGCCCUGUCGCCGCUGCCGCCCGCACCCGCCGCCCCCCGGGUCUCCAUUAGCGGCUGCCUCCGCCUCCCACCUCCGGUCCCCCUCCUCCGGCCCCCCGCCCCGAGCAGGGUCUGGGGGGCUCGGCCCUCCACCCGGGGGAGCAAACAAGGGGGUCCGGACCGCCCCCAGUGGCGCGGCCAGUCCCUGGUCUCGGUAAUCUUGAGAGAGACCCCACCCUUCAGUUCUCUCCGGGCCGUAUUGGGGACCCCCCUUGCCCUCCCGUCCUGCUCACAUCCGCUCUCCAGGCUCUCCAGGCUCUGACAGCCCCCCAGAACCAGCUCCCUCCCUUCUUCCCUCUCCAGGGUUCCCCCUCCCCCAUCCCUCCGCCGCCGCCCCCUCCCCCUCCCACAUCCCCUUCCCUCCCCCUCCCCCCACCCCCGUCCCCCGCCCCCCCCCCCGACCAUGAGGAUGAUGGCCGCCGGCGCGGUGCACGGCCUCUUCACGGCCUCCGCGGCCCCGCAGCCGCCGCCGCCCCCGCCGCCGCCGCCGCCGCAACCCCAGCCUCCCCAGCAGCCGUCGCCGCCGCCACAGCAGCCGCCGCCGCCGCCGCCGCAGCCGCCGCAGCAGCAGCAGCCGCCGCCCCAGGCCCCCCCCAUGGAGCCCGAGGCCCCGGAUUCCCGCAAGAGGCCCCUCGAAACGCCCCCCGAGGUGGUCUGCACUAAGCGCAGCAACACGGGAGAGGAAGGCGAAUAUUUCCUGAAGGUGCUGAUCCCCAGCUACGCGGCAGGCUCCAUCAUUGGCAAGGGCGGGCAGACCAUCGUGCAGCUGCAGAAGGAGACAGGAGCCACCAUCAAGCUCUCUAAGUCCAAAGACUUCUAUCCGGGAACCACAGAACGAGUAUGCCUGGUACAGGGCACAGCAGAGGCCUUGAAUGCUGUGCACAGCUUUAUUGCUGAGAAGGUCCGAGAAAUCCCACAAGCAAUGACCAAGCCUGAGGUGGUCAACAUCCUUCAACCCCAAACCACGAUGAACCCCGACAGAGCCAAGCAGGCCAAGCUGAUCGUCCCCAAUAGCACCGCGGGCCUGAUCAUCGGCAAAGGGGGCGCCACCGUGAAAGCCGUGAUGGAACAGUCGGGUGCCUGGGUGCAGCUGUCCCAGAAGCCGGAGGGCAUCAACCUUCAGGAGCGCGUCGUGACCGUCAGCGGCGAGCCGGAGCAGGUGCACAAGGCCGUGAGCGCCAUCGUGCAGAAGGUACAGGAAGACCCCCAGAGCAGCAGCUGCCUCAACAUCAGCUACGCCAACGUGGCUGGCCCCGUGGCCAACUCCAACCCCACCGGCUCACCGUACGCCAGCCCCGCCGACGUGCUGCCCGCCGCCGCCGCCGCCUCGGCCGCUGCCGCCUCGGGCCUGCUGGGCCCCGCGGGGCUGGCGGGCGUGGGCGCCUUUCCGGCCGCCCUGCCUGCCUUCUCAGGCACCGACCUGCUGGCCAUCAGCACGGCGCUUAACACGCUGGCCAGUUACGGCUACAACACCAACUCCCUCGGCCUGGGCCUCAACUCGGCCGCGGCCUCCGGGGUCCUGGCCGCCGUGGCCGCCGGUGCCAACCCCGCCGCCGCCGCUGCCGCCAACCUCCUGGCGUCCUACGCGGGGGAGGCUGGGGCGGGGCCCGCCGGAGGGGCCGCCCCGCCUCCACCCCCGCCCCCCGGAGCCCUGGGGUCCUUCGCCUUGGCCGCAGCCGCCAACGGCUACCUCGGGGCCGGAGCCGGCGGCGGGGCGGGCGGUGGGGGUGGCCCGCUGGUGGCCGCCGCAGCUGCAGCCGGGGCCGCCGGGGGCUUCCUGACGGCGGAGAAGUUGGCAGCCGAGAGUGCCAAGGAGCUGGUGGAGAUUGCGGUGCCUGAGAACCUGGUGGGGGCCAUCCUGGGCAAAGGGGGCAAGACGUUGGUGGAGUACCAGGAGCUGACAGGCGCGCGCAUCCAGAUCUCCAAGAAGGGAGAGUUCCUGCCUGGCACGCGGAACCGGCGGGUCACCAUCACAGGCAGCCCUGCGGCCACACAAGCCGCUCAAUACCUCAUCAGCCAGCGGGUCACCUACGAGCAGGGAGUGAGGGCCUCAAACCCCCAGAAAGUGGGAUGAGGCCUGUGGUGUGUGCUCCCACCCUCCUCCCGGCCCCUUCUUCCUUCUCCUCCCCUCCCCCACCCCACCCCCAACUCCUGACCUCAGCUCGGGUGUAGUCCUGCUCCUGGGUGUAGUCCUGCUCCUCGUGGGAAGGGGCUGGGGUAGGCCUGACUGCACCCCCCCCCCUCUGGUAGUCAUAGGCAGGAUUGAGUGAUGGCUGGGGAAGGGGCCCAGAAGCCCCCUCCCCCAGCUCUGAACUGACCCCCUUCUUCCUUCCUCCCGGCGCUUGGCUGGGCCUGACCCUCCUCUCCCAGGGCCCGGGUCUGUGUGAUAUCUGUAUAUAUUGCAUUUUGUUGAUUUUAAUAGAAAACAAAGUGUUA